AUGGUACAAAAACUACCAAAAAAUCAACAAGAACAAGUUGCUGUCUCUAUUAUUAAAAGUAAAAUAAAUGCAGAGGAAAACGGAAGUUUGAAAGCCUAUCAAAACUCUACCACAAGUUUGUCUACAGGAGGUUCAAUUGCAAGAGUUUUACUUAACCCAAAACCGAAAAAGGAAGUUUUUUUUUUUUCAGAAGAAAAGUUGAACAAUUUUCAAAUUAAUUCAUCCAAUUCCUCAAGGCAAAUGGAAAAAUUUACUAAUUUUAUUAGAUGCUGUGCAGGUAAAAAUUCGAUACCCAAAAACUACCGGGAACAUUUAAAGGAAAAGUCCAAAAUUCUGGGAGACAUCUACAAAGUAGGCACCUAUUUGUUUGACACAACUGGUGACGAGCAUACUUCGGAAAAUAAACCUGUUAUUUAUGCUGACGCAGAAGAACUCAUUGGGAAAGUGAACGAAGAAAGACAAUCAGUGGGAAACAUUAACAUAAAGGUUUUAGCAGAUGGAGGACAAAUUUUUUUUAAAAUCUGCCUGUCAAUGUUUCCACGUGAUGAUUGUGACCUAGAAGAGGAUGACGGUAAAGAAAAUGAAUGUAAAAGAAAAAGAUCAACAUAUUUUGAAGGGGGUAGUGUGGCCAACAAGGGUAAAUUGACUGGUGUACAAAGACUUGUUAUUUUGUGUAUUGUACCAAAAAUUAAGGAAACAUACAAAAAUAUUGAACUUUUGUUUCGCCUAACAACAUUUCAUUCAAAUUUGUAUCUGAUCUUAAAAUUGUGCUCUCGUAAACGGUUUACAAACUGCAACUUCUUCAUUUCCAUGCCCUUAUUGUUUUAUCUCAUUGAAAAGUUUAAGAAGCUGUGGUGA